AUGGAGACGUACCUUCAAUACCGCCGUAUCGGGCAUUCCCUACGGAAACAACUUGAGUCUGGCGCCGAAGAUGCGCGCCAACUUCCAUGCCUGACGCGCCAGAAGACCCGUGUUGUGGGAGGACGACAGGUACUGGUGGUAGAUUUCGACGGACCGGAGGAUGACCUCAACCCGCGGAACUGGUCUUUUACGAGACGAUUUUGCGCCACAUUGAUCAUUUCGAGCAUCGCGUUCAUGGUCGGCGCGGCUGCUCCCAUCGACAGUGCGGUGCUUCCCCAGGCUGCCGCAGAUCUUGGAGUCAGCGAGGUUGUGGAAACGUUGGCUGUUGGCGUGUUCUUGGUCGGCUUCGGUUUCGGUGCGUUGAUAUGUGGACCAUUCAGCGAAGUCCUAGGGAGGAGUAUGACCUACAUGGUCAGCCUGGCGCUGAUGUGUGUUUUUCUGAUGGCAUCGGCUCUUGCUCCCAACAUUGGGGCUCAACUCGUUUUCCGGUUUAUUGCAGGCUUCUCUGGUGCGUCGCCUCUGGUGUGCGCCGGAGGGUCGAUCUCGGACAUGUUCACGCCGCUGGAAAAGACGUACAUCUUCCCCAUCUUCGCCAUUGGCGGGUUUGGCGGACCAGCCCUCGGCCCGGUCAUGGCGGCCUGGAUUCCCGAGUCGCCAUACCUCCAUACCUGGCGGUGGACAGAAUGGGUGGCGCUGCUUACGGCAGGGGUCGUUUUCUUCUUGACCUUUUUGUUUCAACCAGAGACCUACCCACCGGUCUUAUUGAGUUGGAAGGCAGCGCACUUGCGCAAGAUCACCGGCGACGACCGGUACUAUGCCGAACACGAGCUCGAGCGAAUCCCGUUGCUGAUGCGUCUGAGGCUCGCCCUCCCUCGACCGUUCCUCAUGGCCUUCUAUGAACCGGUCAUCAUGCUAACCACGCUCUACAUGUCCGUCUUGUAUAUUAUUCUGUUUACUUUCUUCGACGGAUACGAGUACAUCUUCACCCGCACCUACUGCAUCUCCCAGGGAUUGACAAACACGAUCUUCGUUGGCAUCUUUGUGGGCGUCUGCCUCGGCGGCCUGUGGAUACCUUGGGUGUACAAGAAGACCGUGCAGGCGCAACGCCAGGCUGAGGCCGACGGCCUAAAGCAAUUCGAUCCCGAAGUGCGACUGUGGUUCGCCAUGCUCGGCGGUGCUCCCGCCAUCCCGAUCUCGUUGUUCUGGAUGGCCUGGACGGCCUAUCCGACCGUGUCCAUCUGGUCUCCGAUCCUGGCCUCCGUGCUGUUUGGCUAUGGAGUCAUUAUGAUCUUCAUCUCCUCCUAUAUGUACAUCAUCGAUAGCUAUGAAGUCUAUGCCGCCAGUGCGCUGACCUUUCUCACUCUUAUUCGGUAUUGCUUUGCUGGAGGAUUCACCGUCGUGGGCAUUCCAUUCUACCGAAAUGUGGGGCAUCAUUGGACGGUCACCAUCUUGGCUUGUCUGAGCCUCCUGUUGACCCCGAUACCAUAUGUGUUUUACAAAUACGGCCAUAUCAUCCGGAAGAAAAGUCGAUUUGCCGUGAAUCGCUCUGUCGAAGAUAUGGAGAAAUCCGUCGUGCCUGACUCCUCGGGGUCGUCUUCAUUGACGAUACCUAUUGAGAAGGACGAUAUGAGCAGAGAUGAGGGCCGUGCAGUGGUCCAACAGUGA